UGGUGAGCCUGUUUGUGGGCGUGGCCGUCCACGAGACCCUGGUGGCCGUGGCCCUGGGCAUCAGCAUGGCCAGGAGCGCCAUGCCCCUGCGGGACGCGGCCAAGCUGGCCGUCACCGUGAGCGCCAUGAUCCCGCUGGGCAUCGGCCUGGGCCUCGGCAUCGAGAGUGCCCGCGGCGUGCCGGGCAGCGUGGCCUCCGUGCUCCUGCAGGGCCUGGCGGGCGGCACCUUCCUCUUUGUCACCUUCCUCGAGAUCCUGGCCAAGGAGCUGGAGGACAAGAGUGACCGGCUGCUCAAGGUGCUCUUCCUGGUGCUGGGCUACGCCGCGCUGGCCGGCAUGGGCUUUCUCAAGUGGUGAGUGUCCCGCCGGGACUGCCGGGAGCCCGGCUGGACACGGGCACCUCCCCGUGCUGUCUCCCCCACAGGGCGAGCCCUGUGGCCCCGGCCGCCACCCGGCCCCCAGAUUCCGCGCCCCGAGCCUUGGGCACUGAUGCUGUCCAAACACGUCUCUUAAAGUCUUU